UCAAUUUGGACAUGUUGAGGGAGAAUGGCAAUGAUCAUUUCACCGACGUAAUCUCCAUGAUCGACGCCAAUCCCCGACCUCUUGUCAUAUAUGAACAAGCAUGCAAAUGAACAGUUUGGGGCUUCCCUCGUUCCUUUCGUCUCUCCCAAGUGGCUGUCUUCCCUUUUCCCCGCUUAUCCGACAUGGCUCGCAUUAUGACGGGACCCCUGGAAAACAUCUUUGGUGGCUUUUUCGUUGGGAACGUUGUCGCUACGUUUCUCUUUGGGAUACUCACAAUACAGGUUGCCCUUUACUACAACCGUUUCCCUCAGGAUGGUAGAUGGACGCGGCGAGCGGUUGGAUUUCUCUGGGUUGUCAUUCUAUUUCAAACGGUCUGCAUGACUAAAAUGAUUUGGUGGUUGCAUAUCCAAAAUUAUUUCAAUCCACGCGCAUUGGCAACAGCGCAAUGGGAGGGUACAUCAUAUCACCUCUCCACAACAGUUGGAUCCCUUGUCGUUCAGUCUUUCUUUGUGUUUCGUAUUUGGAGCCUUUCUGCGAACAUUUGUGUCGCAGCACCCCUACAAGCCCUUGUUAUCAUGCAGUUCGCUUUUGCCACAGCACUUUCAACUUUGGCGAACAUAUCAUUAUCCCUCGAAGAAAUCUCUCAUAGGUGGAAUUGGUUAUCUAAGCUUUGGCUAACGACCCAGGCAACAUGUGACGCUCUAAUUGCAAUAUUGACCACAUUCCUGCUCUGGUACCGCAAGACUGGUUUCAAAAAGACGGACAGAGCCAUCAACACGAUGGUGUAUUGGUCCAUAGCCACGGGUAGCGCGACCUGUCUUCAAACCAUUAUUUUGAUAAGUAUCUAUGCCCACCAUGGUUUUACAUUUAGCACUCUCGUACUCGGAAUGACCCUUAGUCCCAUGUAUCCCAUAUCAAUGCUCGCAAACUUGCACAUGCGGUCAAGAGCACGAAAGCAGUUGCUUGCGCCCACACUCCCUCAAGACAGACUAGAUAACUCUCUCGAGGCAUUACGAUCCGCUCAGAGGAAAGUGGUGAUUUCCCAUGAACGCGGAAAGCCCAUACCACUGGUACCACGUCGACCCACGAGUAAUGUCGUGGUGAACAUUCAUCAUUCUAAGUACGAAGACAAUCCCAGCAAUAACGUUCAUCAAUUUGGUCGUAGUCGGAUCUACUCCUCAGAUACGUCAGAUACCAACGCUCCUACAUUACAGGAUCCUCUUAACACUGAUGUUGAAUUCGGUUCCACUAAAUAACGCCAUUACUUAUAGCCUUUCCAUGAAUGUUAGCUGCAUCCACCAAAAGGGCAUCGAUAGCUCUCCAAGCUUGUCUGUGAUGUAUCCUUCGUGCUUUCUCUCUGCUUUGCACUCCUUUUAAUAUACGGCAGAUUCAAUCAUCACUAUGUUAUUUUUUUCUAGACCCCGACCCAGCUUCGGUGGAUCUUCGGUGGAUGAGACAAGUUUUCAUCUUCUACGCUGCCGCUUGCAGUUCUUGGCGCUGACAAACUGCCCAUUUGACAAAACAGUACUUAAACUUAUCACGCUUGAUUGCAACUAUGUACCCCUCCAGCAGAUAUACGUUUAUUUUUGCCAUUGUGAUUGCGUCCUAAUGUGCAGGUUCAGAUUGGAUCUCAAUUUUAACCGCUUGAGAUUGGC